UUGAUAACACAAAAACAUUAAUAUAGUUCAGUAGAUUUCCAUAUUAACAACACUGGCUGACAUCAGCAGAAACAGCUGAAUAUUUUACUCGUAAAGAUCCAAUGUUGAUUUCGGUGUUUCUUUCUUUUUCUUUUUUUAAGCAGUGAAGUUCAAGCUUGAUCUGGUUAUCCUGCAUCAUAACUUUUAUGUUCUAUGUUGCUGGAGCACCCUGUGUUCCUCCCCUCUUUACAUUUCCUUGUCUAUUUUUUCCCACUACUUGUGUCAGUGUAUUUAUAAAUUUAUCAUGGGGUGAUAUGGUUUACCAAAAUGUACACUGCAAAAUGAAUUAACACCAAUCCCAAAACCCACUGACAACAUUGGGUGUCGUGUUUAUAGGAGACAGAGCACACCUCCACCAUGUAUCAUGUUCAGAAAUGUGCAUCUUUCAUGACAGGUUAUCUAAAUAUCAAACACACUCAAUAUAAGACAAAAUAUAUAAAGAAAAAGGCGUAUCACAAAACUGAACCGGAAGUGGUUAAGCGGAAGUUGGUUCAAAAGGGACAGUUCAAAAGCCACAAAGGCUAACAAUAUUUAACGCGUCUUGUGUCGCGUGAAAAAUAAAUAAUAGUAAAUAGUAAGAAUAAUGAACCCUGCUAAAACACGACAGAAGACCACAUUAUUCAACCUAAUGUCAGAGUCUGCGAUUAAAACAAACAAACACAAUCAACACAAACUUAAAAACGGCUUGCUACGUUGAACACAACCUCGUAACAAACCGGAAAUAAUGUGACAGAACGGCUGAAAUGAUGGAAACGAGAUUCCAACUUAUUACAUCUACUAAUGAAAGGCACCACGACGAAAAAUAUGCAGUCAAAACAUUUUUAAUGGCAAUUAAACGAGAGUAUUAGGAGGUUAAUAGCAGCGAUUACACAUUUGGACCAAGGCUAGCCUUCAACCGCUGAGGCUACGAUGGUGUUUGGACGUUACCAGUAACUUAUAGCUGUUGUGUAAACGGAGCUCACACCAAUAAUUAUGUAUCUAAUUUAAUGUCAUUUUUCGUUGCGGCAGCUGGGAGAAUUACAUUCCAGCGUUCGUCUUUUCACCAGAGGACAGAUGGAUACGAUUUACAGUGGCCAAGGUGUCUUCUACCAGGCAAUGCCUGCAAUCGGACCUGAUGGAAAGAACAUCAUGAAACUGAUUCCUGUCCAAAUGGUGAACAGACAGUUUUUCCAACCACAGACAAGUAGGACUAGAAGGGACCCAAUUUCCCAGGAGGCUGUUACCAUAAAUAUCACCUCAGCACCUGUGAACAUGGCCACAGAUACAGCUUUGAGUUCUUCUGUCUCUCAGCAAAUAAUCAGGAAGCAGGUUUCAGUUAUGAAUGUCUUGUACAACCAUGUACAUUCAGUCAACAACCCUUCGCUGCAGCAGCAGACUGUUAAUUUAACGGCUGAAGUUCCUUCGGUGACAACUUUUAAAGAAAAAUCUGGAAUGCCAGUAAAACUUUUUAAUCCGCUCCCAGUUACUGUGAAAUCUCCAGCACUCCCGAGAGGACAGUAUCUUCAGAUUCCCCCCAAUGCACAAGUCCAGACCGUUCCAGCAUGCAGACUCCCUGCAGCUAUCCAGAAACAGAUUUUUACUUCUUCUGCCAGCUCCUUUUCGGGGUCAGCCUUACCCAGUGUAGUCUAUGUUUCUCCUGUCACCACUAUGAAUCAAGGUGGGACUCUGCCAACAGACACCACUGCACACUCAGUCCGAAUGUUUUCCAAUGCAUCAACAUUGACUUCAUGUGGAUUCCAACCAAAGGAAGCAACACAACAGUUAAAACUGAUUCCAAAGGUUUCACAAAGGCCCGACAGCCCCACACGCUGGGUGAUAGAAGAAGUGGAUGGUUCAUCAGGUCCAAAUAUAAAACCUCUGAACUGUCCGUCUGUAACUUCAGAGAUUCUUCAAGCAAUCGCGCAGAGAGAAAAUUCUUCCAAACAGUUCAGCACCUUCAGAAAAACAGCCUCUCAGCUAGGUCAGGACAAUGGUGCACAAGGGCAAGAAAAUGCUUUGGUCAUGUGCAAUGGCAAGGUGUUCUUUGUAGCUAAAAGGUGCGCUCUGCUAUCUAAGACCACAACAACAACUAAAGGGUCUGAACUCAGCAAAAGCAUUCUUCCACAAUCUUCUUCUUUACAACAGUUUCUUCAGUCAGCUGUAACUCAGACAAGUCAAGAUGUUAGAACGCAAAGGGAGUCAGAUGAGGUGAUUGAUCUAUGUGACGAUGAUGAGUCACCUCAACAAGCAGUUAACAUGCCAGCGGUCUCUCAUCUGGAUGAAGACAAUGUCAUAUUUGUAUCCUAUGUUCCACCCAAGUCAGAGUCCUGCUCGCCACGCUGCACAACUUCAAACAUGGCUUUGAGAGGAGCAGAAGCCGUCCAGGACACGUCAGAUAGAAAUGACAGGUGUGUUUGUGAUUCAGACGUGCUGCACAGCACCUCUGCCCAGCAGCUGGAAGAUGUAGAGGCUGAUGCAAAAACAGAAAGUCCAGCAGUGGCCAGCAGCAGCUUUCAAACAGAGAGCAACAGUCAGAUAACUAAGGGCUCUACAAAUCCUGAGUCAGUGGCACCAAAGCCUCGCAAAGUGUCUGACCACCUGCUGAGGCAGAUAUUCGGGAUAACAGCUGAACUUAAACUUUGCCUUCAGAGGGUUGAUGAACCAUCAGUUGAGUCUGUCCCUGCAAAUUCGCUGCACAUAGAAUCCAUUAAGUCAGUGGAGGAUAAUGAGGAACCAGUGGUAGAUGUUUUUCGAUAUGAAGGUAGCGGUUCACAAGAAACCAAUAUAAACAGUGGUCAUACUGAUAUCCUGAAAGUAAAAGUACAAACUGGAAAGGAAUUACUAGCAUCACCUGACACAGGUGUUGGAGCUCUCAGAUGUUCACAUGUCAAACUGGACCAGAAACCACCUCGUUUUGCUUGGAAACAGAAGUUCUUUUCAGGUCAAAGGUCGCACAACAGAGCAUCAUGUGACUGUGAGAGUAAGCCAGAGACAGAUUGUUUGGAACCAGUCGGUGAGGAUGUCCCUAACAUAAAUGAAGGCAGUAUCCCACAAUCACAGUAUGUAGAUGCCCAUCUUCGGACUCAGACUUGGUUGGAUCUCAGCAGAAACACAAGGAGAAUAGGACGGACCAGGAAACGCACUGUGUGUCCAUGUUGCAUGCCCACUACUCUGGAUCAUGCAGUCAAGUCCAGGGCUAGGCUAGAGGAGCUAGACAAGUGGGACUUUACAGCAGAGCAGGUGAAUAAAAAAGGGGGAAGAGCAAAGGUUCCUCGAAAAGAUGGAAUGAUGAACUGUGGAAAAGUCAAAAACAAGCAGAACUGUGUCACUCAUGAGGGCUAUAGUAACAUUUUGUCAACAACGUCCACAGACCGUGAUGAACUACAAAGAAAGGAACGGAUCAAAAGACUCAAAUAUUACCUGACAGAGAAAGAGGCAGCGUUGCAACUAAUGAAGAGAAAAGUGAGCUGAUAGAAAAUGUCCAGUAUUUUUAGCACACAUGUGUUCUUAUAAAGUUAAUUGAUUAAUGGACUCAAAAAUGGCACCUCCUCAUGCACAUUCACUUUCUGAGACUUGAGUAGUUUUCCUGGUUCAGAGUGAGUUUAUGUUUCAUAUAGCACACUGCACAUAUAUAUCAAUGCUGGGUUUUUACUUGUCCCAUAGACUAUAAUGUGAUUUUCAGGUUAGUAUUUACAAACCUUCAGAAAAAAAAAUAUUAAUUUGCUUUUAACAGUUUUCAUUUGUAUCAUAUUUGCUACAUUUGGCAUUUUUUUGCUUUUUUGAGGGGCAGAGGAUCACACUUAUGUGGAAAUUCCAAAACCUCACAAAAAUGUAUGUAUAUCCUCCUGAGAACCAGCCUAUUAAUUUAUGCCCUCUUUAAUGGACAUUUGUUUUUGCUCUAUAUCUUUUGACUUAUUUGAGCUAACCUAAGGAGUCCUGUUGUACUCAAUAAGGGACAUCCUGACCUUUCCAUUGAUAUCACACCUGUUUGGAUGGCUCUUUUAGCCAAUGUCCUGGCAUCAAAGAUGCAGGACAUUGCAAAAAAGAUACUUGUUUCCUCAGUUCUCAGGAGGCGUUACAGGGUUACUGGAAUUAAGUCUUACUUGAAAGUUGCUUAACUGGCAGGUGCUAGGGCCACUAAGGUGGAAGUCUUCCAUCUUGGUGGCCUAAGGAUCUCCUCUUUCUGUUGACUUCAUCAGGCAGUUUCCUCCGGCUCCCACUGGAGUGAUUCACAGACAAAAAUGAAGCCGUAUGAAGAAGAACUAAUAUUUCCAAAUCUGAAGCUAUGGUGUUCUGCUGGAUGAGUUGUUACUCUAAGUCACAGGUGUCGAACUCCAGGCCUUGAUGGCCGGUGUCCUGCAGGUUUUAGAUGUGUCCUUGAGCCAUCACAGCUGAUUUAAAUGGCUAAAUGACCUCCUCAACAUGUCUUGAACUUCUCCAGAAGCCUGGUAAUGAACUACUCAUUUAAUUCAGGUGUGUUGACCCAGGGUGUUAUCUAAAACCUGCAGGACACCAGCGCUCAAGGCCUGAAUUUCUACACCCCUGCCGUAAGUGGUAUCAAGUAUCUCAGGGAAACAGACACCAGGAUAAAAGAGAGAUGCUAGAUGUCAGAGUCGAAGCCAGGCUGCUUCACUCUGGUCAUGUGGUCAUCUGCACGCUGAAUGGUAAAUGGACUGGUUCUUAUAUAGCACACUCAAACAACUUGUCUCAUUCACCCAUUCACACCCUUGCUUACCCACUGAGCUAAAGUGGCACCCAGUUUAUGUCUUUUCCACCACACUUACAGCUUACAUGUUUCUUACUGGUCAGUUUUCUUGGGGUUUUUUUUUCUGACAACCAUUAAACUGAAAACAAA